AUGUCCCCGCGCGACGCGCGGAAGAACUUCGUGCAGGUGGCCGACAAGCACGGCUUGGAGUUUUCGUCGCAGUCCCACGACUGGAUCUUGCAGCUCAGAGACAAGGCCACCGGCAAGCAGUGCUCUGUGUUUGGCUACACCUUCGACGUGAAUCCCGCGGCCGCCGUGGAGAUUUGCAAAGAAAAGGCAGCCACCUCGAUGGUGUUGGAGAGCCACCAGGUCGCGCACGUCCCGCACCAGGUCUUCCUGAACCCCUCGAACCCCUUCACGGCGAACUACCUUCCCAGGGCUGGUGUGUGGGCCCAGGUUCAGGAGGCGGUGACCAAGUACGGCUUCCCUGUCGUGGUGAAGCCCCUGAAAGGCACCGGCGGGCUUGACGUCACCAAGGCCACGUGUUGGAGAGAAGUGGAGGCGGCGGUGCAGAAUAUCUUCUCAAGGGAGUAUGGCCUGGCCGUCUCGCCGUACAAGAAGGUCAUCGACGAAUACCGCUGUGUUUGA